AUGAACUGUUUUCUCAUUCUUUUUUUUAUUUCAACUUUCAUUUAUUCGGCCUCUUCAGCUUGUUCUUCGAGUGAGUUUUUCAAAAAUUUUUUUUAUUUGAAAAAAAUAUUCGUUUCAUCAAGAAAAGCAUACCAGUCUUGAAAUUUUUAAAUCUCAUUUGUUUUUCAGUGAGAUAUUAAAAAAAUUUAGCUAACUAAACCGACAUUGAUGAAAAACAAUUAAUUUUGGAAUUUUGAAAGCUUUCUAUUUUCAGGAUACCAUUUUGCCAGAGUCGUUUAUGGUCGGGAGUCAUAAACCAAACAAAAAAAACCCGAGAACGCUAUGAAAAAUUCAAUGAUUUUAAAUAUUAUUUGCAUCAACAGGUCUUACAAAAAUCCCACGAAUAUCCCCAAAAAAACUGAAAAAAAUUAUUCAGAUGAAUACUGUCCAAAUGGCUGGAGCGUCCUUAGGAAACCUGACGCCAAUCCGACGACUUGCGACCCGAUGAAAUAUCAAACCAAAUGCGAGAAACCGUAUUCCUGUGUUCAUGCCAAGUGCGGCAUGAGCUUUUGUUGUGUUCAUCCUCGUGAGUUCUUCAUUCUUUGGAGUUUGCAGAUGAUUAUUUUCCAGAGAAGUUAGCCGAAUGGAAUCGUCAAGAAGAAGUGAGGAAGGAGAUUCUAGAAGCUGAGCAUGAGAUCGAAAAUGAGGAGGACCUGUGA